AUGUGCUUUUUACUAGGAAUCUCUGAUUUCGCGUACUUUCAAAAGGCUGGUGGAACGGGGUGCUCGAGUAAUUUAACCGAGAACAACACAGUGACGGACUUUACCUACACGCCUGAACAAGAACGCUCCUUCUUGCUAGAGCUGUUCCAUGCAACUGGUGGUCGUCGGUUCUGGAUAAUUAAAACAGGAUGGGGGGAGGAGAGCAACAUUACUCAUUGCAAAUGGUUUGGUAUAGAAUGCUACAAGAACAGUACUUAUCUAAAAUUUAUUGAUCUUACCGAAAACGGGUUAGAUGGCCAACCGCCAAAUUUUUGGAGAUUUCGGAAUUUACAAGGGAUAUGUUUGUCUCGUAAUAAACAUAUGACUGGGAAAAUAUCUGAUGUAGUAUCAAGUAAUAUGACCCGGCUUCGACGCCUAUGCGUCUCAUUUUCAGGAAUGUAUGGUUCUGUGCCAUGGAGUCUUAUACUACAGCUUUACAAUCUUGAAAAGUUACAGAUAUGUUGUAUGCAUACUGGACUAAACGGCAGCCUACCACAAGAUAUUGGAAGAUUAAGCAAACUUCAAGUUUUUAGUAUUGGUGAAAACGGCAUCAAAGAUAUUCAUUUACCAUUGAGCAUCGGAAAACUAACAAAAUUGUGGUUUUUGGACUUAGAAUAUGUGAUUUUUAGGUCAGGAGACCUGUGGUAUUUCAAUAAUAUGACUCAACUGCAGUACUUACAUCUGACAAAUUGCGGGAUAAAAGGAACGCUGCCUAAAGACUUUGGACACACCCAUCCCAAUAUCAUUGAGGUACGUCUAUAUGGAAAUAAUCUAAAAGGCGAACUACAUUCGUGUUUUCUCGGUUUCAAAAAGAUUGCUCAGCUUUCCGUUGGAUCGAAUCUGUACCUGCACGGCUUCCUCCCGAGUACAUUAAGCAAACUCGAAACGCUCCAAGUACUCGACUUAUCCAGGAAUAAUUUCACAGGUUUUGCGAAAAAUAUGACUUUCAACAAACAGCUACAAACACUGUAUAUUGAUGGAAAUGUCAACCUCAAAGUUGAAGGUAACCGUCUUUUACAAGCAUUACAGCCUUGCAAGGAUCAACUGCGCAUGCUAGUCGCACGAAACUGUGGACUGAAGGGAGAUCUGUCGAAGACCCUUUGGACCUUUGACAAUAUUAUGUACAUAGACCUCAGUCAAAACAAUCUGACUGGACACAUCCCGAAAAAUGAUGGUCAGUUCAGUAUGGCUUAUCUAUUCUAUCUCAGUUUAGCAUCGAAUGAUUUAAAAGGCGAUCUAUCUAAGGGUUUUCUCGCGCCUUUAAAGGCACUGACAUACUUGGAUCUUCGGAGAAACCGGUAUAUGAAAACCAAGGCCCCUUUGCUAAAUGAGUACUUGAAUGCCACAUUUACGGAGACCUUUCAUAAAGAUACAUUUACUUGCCCGAUGUUACGAUUAACAAGCUCAGGCGGGAGAGCUGAUGUAGACCCGGAUUAUUAUGGAUAUAGACUGUGCUUUUGUAACAGAGGGUACUAUGGAUUUAUGAAAUACUGCAAGCCCUGUAUGAAAGGCGCUUCCUGCGACGUGGAAGCAUCACCCACGCAGUCAUUUAAGGAAGUAAUUGAAGUUAAGAUGACGAUUGACAAGGGAUAUUGGCCGUGUUGCGGAAAUUUAACUAACGUUACUCGUAUGAUUAAAUGCAAUUACCAAGAGGAAAAAUUUGAUGAUGAAAUUUGCAGUUCGUCUGGAAAAUGCAAGUGCAAGUUAAACCAACUCAACGGUCAACUACAAACCUCGUGUGAUGCGUCAUGUAUAUGUCGCUAUGGCAACAAAGGACGAUUUUGUUCUCAGUGCAAGGACGGUUAUUACAAGAAAGGCUCGUUGUGCAUUUCGUGUCCCAAAUUCCGUAAAAACUUUCCGGUUGUAUUAACUGUUUGCUUUGUGUUGUGUUUGGUUGGCUCUAUUGCAUUGUUGGUUUGUUUGAGAUACCGCAAAAAGCUUGUUCUCAUUCUAAUAUUUGCUUUAGCAGUAACUCUGAUAGUCUUGCGCUACAAAAGCAUAAUCCCAGGGUGGUUUUUUGUCAUAAUAUUUACAGUUUGGAUUUUAGGUCUUUCUGGUGCUAGGGAGAACUUAAAGAGCUUCCUGUCAAUUGCAUUGUUCUUUUUCCAAUCUCUUGAUGCCAUGUUUUCAGACGCCAACAUUUGGCCCCGAACAAUACUGCUGCUAAAAUACCAAAUCACAAAUGCGUUUAAUUUUGCAAUCCCUGAACUCACUUGUAGUUUUUCCGAUGCAAAUCGUCCUGAAGUUAGCUUCGCCGUAAUUUUGUUACUUCCCGCCACAGGUAUAUUUCUUAUAUGGCUGUUGCAUGGCUUGUCUAAAAUCACUAGUUGUUGCCGGCAAAAUUCAGUCAUUCCAAGUUCUUCAUGCAAGCGAUUAAGUAUUCAAAUACUCUUAUUUGUGUACUUUCCUAUUACUGCCAAAACUUUUCAGGCAGUGUUACCUUGCGAACAUCGUGACGGUUUGUCGUAUUUAAAAGUCACGCCGUGGUUAGACUGUAAUGGUACCUCUUACAACUGGCUGGUAGCUUUAGGAUGUGUUUCAUUGGUGGUAUUUGUUAUCGGUGUGCCUUUUUUUGUAUUUGUUCCAUUGCUCUAUAAAUAUGUAGACCAUCAUGGCAAGGCUGUUUCUGAAGAGGCGAAUAUUUGGUUGAAACCUCUAUACAAAGAAUUUAGGACGCCAUACCGUCGCUAUUUUCCGUUAGUGUUUCUCGGCCGUCGACUCUUACUUGCCGUGUUUCUUACCGUCGUUCCGACUACCUCAUCUUACCAGGUUAUAGGCAUAACCCUGCUUCUGGUUAUCUUUAUAGCUAUAACCUUAAUUUUCAGACCGUUCGAACAGUACUCGGAAAGAUUCGAGUUUGAAACUUUGGCUGAUGUGAUCGUUUCUGUUGUUCUGUUGUUGUCGUUCGUCGGCUUGGCGUUGUUACGAGUUUCUCCGAAAUUUGAUAACUCCCUGGUGUUGUUGAUCAUUUCUAUGAAUUGUGUUGUGGUAUUAUGUUGCGUUGUAGGUAUGCUCGUGUUGUUUGCUGUCAAUCUAUGGAAGUUUCCGGGCAACGUCCAGCAAUACGAGCUAAUUCCAGAUUAA